AUGGACUCUUCAGGGAAGGACCACCUUGGUGCCAGCAGCUCGGAGCCCCUCACGGCCAUCAUCAUCGGCAAUGGCCCCUCGGGCAUCUGCUUGUCCUACCUGCUCUCAGGUUACACCCCCUACGUGAAGCCGGGCGCCGUCCACCCACACCCUCUGCUGCAGAGGAAGCUCAACGAGGCACCGGGGGUCUCCAUCCUGGACCAGGACCUGGAUUACCUGUCCGAGGGCCUUGAAGGCCGCUGCCAAAGCCCCGUGCCCCUGCUCUUUGACACCCUCCUGAGGCCAGACACGGACCUGGGAGGAGACAUGGAAUCCGUGCUCACCUGGAAGCGCCAGACAGAGCGAGUUGUCCCCCAUGUGGUCCUGGGCCGCGGCCUGCCUGGGGGUGCCUGGCAUUCCAUUGAAGGCUCCAUGGUGACGCUGAGCCAAGGCCAGUGGAUGGGGCUCCCGGACCUGCCGGUCAAGGACUGGAUGCGCAAAAAGCGGAGGGGUCUCCGAAACAGCCGGGCCACGGCCGGGGACAUUGCUCACUACUACAAGGACUACGUGACCAAGAAGGGUCUGGGACACAACUUUGUGUCAGGCGCCGUGGUCACGGCUGUGGAGUGGGGCACACCCGAGUCUGGAGGCUCUGAGGCCCAGGACCCCAGCCCCCUCUUCCAAGUGAGUGGCUUCCUGACCACCCAGGGCCAGAGCCCGCAGCCCUUCUCCCUGUGCGCCCGCAAUGUGGUCCUGGCCACGGGCACGUCUGACAGCCCAGCCCGCCUGGACGUCCCUGGGGAGGCUCUGCCCUUUGUCCACCACGAGCUGUCGGCCCUAGAGGCGGCCACGCGGGCGGGCACCGUGACCCCGGCAUCGGACCCUGUGCUCAUUGUGGGUGCGGGGCUGUCGGCCGCCGACGCAGUCCUGUACGCCCGACACUACAACGUGCCGGUGAUCCACGCUUUCCGGCGGCCUGUGGACGACCCCGGCCUGGUGUUCAACCAGCUGCCCAAGAUGCUGUACCCCGAAUACCACAAGGUGCACCAGAUGAUGCGUGAGCAGUCCAUCCUGUCGCCCAGCCCCUACGAGGGCUACCUCAGCCUCCCAGAGCACCGGCUGCUGCUGUUCAAGGAGGGCUGCCAGGCACUGUUCCGCGACCCGCAGGGCGGCCAGAAGGUCUUUGGUGUCUCCCUCGUGCUGGUCCUCAUCGGGUCCUACCCUGACCUCUCCUUCCUCCCCGGGGAAGGCGCCGACCUCACCGUGGACCCCAGCCAGCCGCUGAAUGCCAAAAGGAACCCCAUUGACGUGGACCCCUUCACCUACCAGAGCACCCACCAGGAGGGCCUGUAUGCCGUGGGGCCGCUGGCCGGGGACAACUUUGUGCGGUUCGUGCAGGGUGGUGCCCUGGCCGUGGCCAGCUCCCUGCUGAGGAAGGAGACCAGGAAGCCGCCCUAG